AUUUCAGGCUCAUUACAGAGAGGGAGGUUCAAAAGAACUGUGGAAAACGGCACCACCAGAGUAGGAAAGGACUGGAGGACACUCCUGUUGUGAAAGCUGAUGAGGACACCCAUAUUGUGAAAUGCCAGUGUCCAGGGGGCCCUGACCUGCAAUCCACAUUUUCAAUUGGCUGGAGAUGCAAGCUAGGAGCCAGGGCUGUAGCACAGACAAAGCCACGCUGGGCAGGGCAGGGGCUGGUGGACAUGAGGCCGACCUAACCAUCCCCGGGUGUGAGGGAGGUUCAAGUAGGCGCCCUGUACUUCAGCAGAGGCUCCCGAAAGCCAUCCUGGUCUCAGGCAUGAGCCCUGUGGGAUGCUGGGCAACCCCAACCCAUCCUGUGUUGGGGUCUGGGAAUCCGCUGGGGUGCAUGGGGAGGCAAUAAGGGAGGUGGAGCAGAGUCCAAUACCAAUCUGUCAUGAAACACACACUGAUGGUUUGCUGUGUGCCAGGCCCUGUGCCCAGCUCUGGGAGUCUGGAGAUAACCUGAGAAGAUAACAACUAGGCCUCUUGAAGAAAAAUCAAAUCUGCCCGGACCAGACUACAAAGUCGUGGCCGGGCCCGGGCUGCCCUCUGUGCCAUUCAGUGGGACUUGACUCCCAUGACUGCCAUGCUCUCACGCCCUCCCAGGCCCAUGUGCUCUCUAGUUUGCAGGUGUCAGGAGAGCCAGGCACGGUGACAAGCAACUACUCCCCCACCCCAGGUGGAGAGAGGGCUGUCCUGGCUCAGGUAGCUGGGCUGGGGAGGAGGCAGUGGGGUCAGGAGGGGAGGGGGCCAGGACGGUUGCUUGGCUCAUCUGAGGCACCCUGGCUGACUCCAAGGGGCGGCAGACAAUCAGUGCAUUGUCACCAGGGCUGCGGCAUGGAGCAGGGGAGCAGCUGUGCAGAGGGCCCGGGGCCUGGGCCUGUCAGGGUGAAACCCAGGCCCUGCCAUGGGGGCUGGAGAGCUGCUGGCCUGCUGCUGCUGCUGUUGGCCCUGGCCGCGGUGGUGGCUGUGGCUGGAGGGCUUCUUGGCUUUGCUCCCAGGCCUUCCAAGCCACUGCUGCAGAUUCUCCAUCUGACCCUCCCGAGCUCCAGGGUGUACCAGUCCAACCAAACCGCCCAGGUGGAUGUGGCCCGGAACGUGGCGACCAUCAGGGUGACCCCAGCUCAGAGCAAUCGCAGCUGGGCAGUGCUGUUCGAUGGGCAGAGCGGCUGUGUCUGCUACCGCCCCGCGGAGCACCAGGCCUGCUUCCUCCGCCUGAUGGAGCCCCGAGAUCGUGAGACCCUGCAGCUUCUGGUGAAUACCUCAAGGGCCCAAGGGUCUCACAGCCCCAGCCAGGACACGUGCUAUGCCCAGGAGUUGCUAGCAGUGCUUGGGAGCCAUGAGGUGGACCCUGCCCAGGUGGGGGCUUCGGUGAGGCACCUUUGCGAGAAGACCCCCAUUUACUGGGCCCGUCGAGCCAAGGGGCCCCAGAGGCAGCGGCUGAUCUACCUGUGCAUCGACAUCUGCUUCCCAAGCAACGUCUGCGUGUCCGUCUGCUUUUAUUACCUCCCAGACUGAGCCCCCAGCCCGCCCAGCCCACAGGCCGGCCAGCCAGCUGGCUCUGU